AUGACAUGCGAAGAAAAAAUAAAACCGCAGUUUUAUAUCUGCAGUUGUUUCAUGACCGACAACAUAUUCCUAGAGGACUACAAGCUUCACAUUCGCUUUAAGACUGAGGAGCAGUUCAGAGAAGACUAUCAAGGGCACCUGAAGAGGCUUGGCUGCGUUACGGAGCAACAGUUUGAGGAUAUCCUCAACAAGGUUUCACAGGAAGUGGACAGGCGAAUGAGUCUUUCUUUGACGUCUGCUGACAGAACCGCAGUCAUAAAAAACACAUACAGGCCUCUUCAUCCUCAUGUCUACAAUCUGCAGGAUACGUUCCUUGCACCAGAGUUCAAGCAUAUGGUCAAUUAUUGUCAAAGUCACAAUGUCACAAUCCAGAAUCUGUCUGGCAUGUUGGUAGAAGAAAAAGCGGCCCGAGUUUAUCGCUUGACAGUCUUCAACAAGAGCUUCUGCGAGGAUCUGAUGGAAGAACUGGAGCACUUUGAGCGUUCUGCAGCACCCAAAGGUCGACCUAACACUAUGAACAACUAUGGGAUCCUCCUCAGUGAACUUGGCUUCGAUGAGGGUUUAAUCACACCUCUUCGUGAGAAGUAUCUACACCCACUCACAUCUUUGCUCUACCCAGACUGUGGAGGGCACUGUCUGGACAGUCACAAAGCCUUUGUUGUCAAAUAUGACAUAAAUGAAGACCUGGACCUCAGCUACCAUUACGAUAAUGCAGAGGUCACGCUCAACGUCUCCUUGGGCAAGGACUUUACGGAUGGAAACCUUUAUUUUGGUGACAUGAGACAGGUGCCUUUAAGUGAGACUGAAUGUUCGGAGAUCGAACACAGAGUAAGUGAGGGCCUUCUCCACAGAGGCCAGCAUAUGCACGGAGCCUUGCCCAUUUCUUCCGGCCAGCGAUGGAACCUCAUCAUCUGGAUGCGAUCUUCCCAGGAGCGCAAUAAACUUUGCCCCAUGUGCAACACAAAACCAGCACUGGUAGAAGGGGAAGGCUUUGCGGACGGAUUCACAAAACACUCCAGUUCACUCAUCGCCGACUACUGUGUGCUCACCUGA